AUGGCAAGUCGGCCGGGCAGCGCGCUCCGUGAAAGAAAGGAUGGACGAAGCAGCCGUCCUGGCACCCGAAGCCCACACGUGCGGAGGCCACGCUCGUCCGUGGACAAGAAACAUCGGCUGGACGAGCUCAGGAAACAGUGUACAGAGCUGAAAUGCCUCAUCAAUAGCACAUCUGAGGAGAACUUGCGGAACCGCACGCGGCUCAUGGCGUUGACCAAAGAAAAGAACAAGCGAGAUAGGUUGCUGCAGACCAUGGUGAGGUUAAAUCAUGAAGGGUUGGGUCUCGGGCCCGAAAUCAUCGACAAACUUCGCGAAGAGUAUACAAUCAUGCUGCCUCUCUACAGAAAGAAGGCACAAGACUUACAGCAGCAGAUCUUGGAAAGAGAAAACGAUCACAAAGCCAUGAAACGCGAGCUUGACUUCACUCGCAUUAUUGAGUUGCAGGUGGAAUUCGUCUCAUGGAAACAAGAAUCCAGACGGCUUGAGUCCAUGAUGAAACAGGACCCUGAGGCCGUCAGCAAAGAGGCUGAAAUGCAAGAGAAGAGAGUCAAGCAGCUCUCCCAGGAGCUCGCUGAAAUCAAACGACAACUCGUACGGGCCCAGGAUGAGCUGACGGGCGAGCAGGAGGGGCACCAAAGUGCCAAGGAGCUGUUCGAAGAGAAAGCUGAAGAGCUAGCAAGGGUGCAAUCAGAGACGAAGGACAUCACCAUCGAAUGCAAACAACUUAUCCAGGAUCGAAAAGAAGCGGAGCAUUUGCAGACGGAAAUUAAUGAAAUGGAGCUGGACCGGAAACAAGACCAGGAGGAAUUGGAAGGCCUCCAAGCUCGACUGGUCACCGCUCCUUCUGACGCGCCAGAUCGUUACACCGUCACAGGUGUGGCCCUCUCUGCAGCGCCUGCAAAGAAAGACAUAGGCCUUGCUCUGUUGCGUCGCGCGAGCCGUCGCGAAUCGCCACAGCCACUGAUGCGCUGCCUAUGCGCAGCAGACAGAGAUCAGGACGGCCUGUUGAACCUCCAAGAACUCAUCGAGGCCAUGGCGCAAUGGCAUGGCUGCCCCCUAGAGCCUAGCGAGGCUGCACGCCUUCUGUUCAGAUUAGCCUCCCGCGUCAGCGAGGACACGGAAAGAAUCCGAUGGUUGGACGCCAUGGUUCUGCUGGAUGGUUUGGGUCCAUCCUCCUGGGACGAGCUGCUUCCAGAUCUGCUGGUGCUGCGCUGGGCUUGUCUCAGGGCAAGACUCUACAGCGAAGAGUUGCUGCGACAGCUGGGGGUGAUUGACAGUAAGAGCAAGGCUGAAGCUUUCUUCGGAGGUGCAGCCCUAGAGAUGCCACCAAGCGAAGCAUCUCAAUGGGUGGAGGCCUGGCAGAAGCACGGCUCCGAGCGGUUGAUGCUGCUUUUGCCCCUGGGGGAAGCGACGCUGUCAUCCAAAGAGAUGAAUGCCUGGCUCUGUCGCCUGAAGACAGCGGUGCAGAACAACCGGGAGGAACUUCAAAAAGCCUUCGUGGUGUGGCGUGCCGACAUGCUCAUGACUCCGGAACAAUUCCGCAUGGUGUGUGGUGACGUGUUAGGCCUUGACCUUUCAGAGGAGGACAUCGAAGACGUGCUGCUUUUUUCAUGCUCCAACUGCCCGACGACCAGUGGGGUCAGAGAGGCCGUGGAUGGAAGGAAACUCCUGGAUCUCUUCAGCUGA